CCGUCAAUAUAAAUAAAGUGUAACUUCAAUAUCCCAAGCUCUCAGAAAGCUUGACCUGUAUCUGCUUGACAAGAAGAGAUGCUAUCUCUUCAUGUCCUCCCCCAAUUCUGUUCCGUUCAAAACCCUAGUUUCACCUCAACCCAAUUUCCCAACACCACCAAAAACCCUAAUUUCCCAGCCCUCAAACCCACCACACACACCCAUUUUACCUCUCUUUCAAAAAACCCAAAUUUCCUAGGGGUUGAGCUUCAAAACCACAGAACCCACUUCCAAAAACUCUGUUGCUAUGCUUUUAAGGACUCUGGAGAAGAUACCAAUGUUGUUCUGGAGUCUGAUAGUGGAGGAGGAGGAGGGGGUGGAGGCGGUGGUGAUGGUGGUGGUGAAGGUGGGGAUGAGGGGCAGGUGGAGAAGAAGAGUGGGGGUUCUGGGCCGUUGCCAGAAUGGGUGAAUUUCACUUCUGACGAUGCGAAGACGGUUUUUGCGGCGCUGGCGAUAUCGCUGGCGUUCCGGUCCUUCGUGGCUGAGCCGAGGUACAUUCCUUCGUUGUCCAUGUAUCCUACAUUUGAUGUCGGAGAUCGAAUUGUCGCAGAAAAGGUUUCAUACUAUUUCAGAAAGCCAUGUGCAAACGAUAUAGUUAUAUUUAAAAGUCCACCAGUCCUUCAAGAAGUAGGAUAUACUGAUGAAGAUGUCUUUAUCAAACGAGUGGUUGCCAAGGGAGGUGACACAGUGCAGGUUCGUAAUGGAAAGCUCGUAGUUAAUGGGGUUGAGAGAAAUGAAAAUUUCAUCCUUGAAUCACCUUCAUAUGGAAUGACGCCAAUUCGUGUACCAGAGAACUAUGUGUUUGUGAUGGGUGACAACCGCAAUAAUAGUUACGAUUCACACAUAUGGGGUCCCCUGCCAGCCAAGAACAUAAUAGGAAGAUCAGUACUUCGGUAUUGGCCGCCAAACAGGAUAGGUAGCACAGUUCUUGAGGCUGGCUGUGCUGUUGACACGCAGGAGAGCAGUCCAGUGACUCAAUGAAAUUCCAGUCCAAGGAUCGCACGAUUAUAAAGGAAGGUCCAUGAUUGGAUUAUGACUUUUGUGAUUAUCCUUUUGUUCCCUCUUUUGAGAUCUCCUUUCAUUGUGCACUACCACAUUCAUUACCUUCCAAUUUCCUUUUAACGCCUGUUGUAUAAAAGGAAGCUUGAUAUUUGUAUUAUGAUGGGCUUAUUUUUUUUUUUCCCAAAGGCCCUAAUUCUCAAUCUUAGAUGAUGUAAAUUUGCAUCGAA